CGCAAAUCUUCCAAAGGGUAAAAUAAAGAAAUUUAUUAUGAAUUCGUUGAAAACGUUAAAGCCAGAAUGCUUUUUGAAGACAUUUUUAGUAGUGAUAGCUAUACAAACUGUAUUGGCAAGGCCGUCGACUUACAGAAACGGGAACUAUGAACUACAUGACAAAAUACCCAUUCUGGAAGAAGACAUAAAAAGAGGGGCGGAGUUUCAACAAGCCAUGCACAAGUUCCUUCAUGACAACGAACAUAAAGAAUUGCGCAAAAUGCUAAAACUUGCUAUACGAUUUCUUGAUAACGAAGAUUAUCAUAAUGACGAACUUGAAGUUACAGGGAACAUGUUGUCAUCUGAAAUGCCAUUUUACUUUGAUCAUGUCAAGUCAUUGGUCAAUGGGGAGGCUUCAAAUCUUAAACGGCGUGUUCAUCGAAAACGUAGCUCUUUCGACUCUAUUGGACAUCGCGGUGGACUUAGUGGAUUAGGAGGAUCCUACACACGAAGGAAACUCGAGUUUACAUUUGAAAAUCUUCUGCCAUAUCUGAUAGAGCACAUGAGAAGAAAUGGUAGAGAUAUUUCAGAUGUUGACUAUUAGUACGUGGAUUAUAAAAACAUUAAACGUCAAGAAGAACAAUAAUGUGUGGAUAAAUUACAGGUGUUAAAUCGAGCGUGACUUUUGAAAGCGGCAGUGUUUCAAUGAUUAUUUUCAAGUGGAAAAUAAACGAGAUAUGUAGAAAAGUUAUCAUUUACCCUAAGAUUCAACAUAUCUGUCAACCAAGGAGAUGAGAUACGUACUGUUAUUAUCUGUUAUCGAAUUAUUUCAGUAAUUUAAUUGUCAUUCUCUGGUCUGAGAACACAUACACGCAUGUGUAUUACUCGCACUUAUUUCUAAUUUUCAUACCAUACCAAUGUCAUACCAACGCUCAUUGUCCGAAACCUGCACUUAAAUAUUCGGUCUGUUUCAUACCGAGAAUUGUUGAUGUCUUUCUUUAUACAUGUGUUUUUAUUUAAAAUUGCUUUUUUUCUGUUUUAUGUUAACAAGAAGUAUUGAGAGUUUUAAUGUUAUUUAUAUGUGAUAGUCAAAUCUUGCUUACUUGUCUGCAAAUUUCACGUUGCUAUAUAAUGUUGCUGAUAAUGUUGCUGUUUAUUAAUAAAUUGAAACAAAAUCCGAUGUUUUUUUUGCAUAGCAAACGGGGAUUUCUGAUGAUUUCACCGCAGCUGGAAAAUGGGGUGUAAGAUGACUCUCGUGCUGUAAAUGACGUAUAACGAACUACAUAUGUACAGAAGAUGUGUGUAAUAAUAAUAAUGUUUUUCGUAAAACGGGAUAAAACUUAAAUACCUUGAUAGUUCAUCUUUGUUCCUUAUAACAUAUUUCUCGAUUCAAAAAACGUAAUUUUAAGGAAAUAAUAUAACGUUUCAUUGUAGAUGAUAAAACAAAACCGGAACUCUUGUGUUGUUUUCGUUUCUGUAACGUCAUGACGUACUUCCUGUUUACGGACGUAAGGUUCCCGC